CAGAGGGCCAGAUCAUGACAGCUUUGGGCCAGUUUACCAAAGGAGCUACCUGGGAGGAACUCAUUCAUACAUGCAUCCAGGCUUUUGAUGCUGAUGGUAAUGUUUGCCACAGCAGCCAUUUACUGAACAUCACUCUCACCAUGCAUAGACUACUGCUGUCCUCCAAAGAACUGCUGAACAAGCUGGUGGUGCUCUUCAAAAAUACACUGGAGGAUGACAAGUCUGCAGAAAGUCUGAAAAUGUGCUACUUCAUUAGGUACUGGAUAAGUGAGUUCUGGACUAUGUUCAGGUUGCACAGCUGUCUGGCAGAGUCAUUAGAGCAGUUCAGGGAGCUUAUGAGAGAACAUGGGCAAGAGAAGCUGUGUCCUUUACUGCAAACUAAAUGGACGGGUGACAGAGAAUGGUCUCGCAAAGCCAGUCAGAAAAUCAAGGCCAGUAGUAAGAAGAGGAAAGUGUCUCUGCUUUUCGACCAUCUGGAGCCGGUGGAGUUAGCAGAACAUCUCACUUACUUGGAGUUCAAAUCCUUCUGCAGAAUAUCUUUUGCAGAUUACCAGAAAUACAUCCGAAAUGAGUGUUUGACAGAGAACCCUACGAUGGAACGUUCCAUUGCGCUGUGUAACGGUAUCUCAUGGGUACAACUCAUGGUGCUCAGUCGACCAACUGCUCAGCUCCGGGCUGAGGUUUUCACAAAGUUCAUCUAUGUUGCGCAGAACCUCCAGCAGAUGCAGAACUUUAACACACUAAUGGCGGUGGUGGGAGGCCUCUGUCACAGCUCCAUCUCUAGACUGAAAGACACUUGUACAUAUGUGCCAAAUGAGACCACCAAGGUUCUGAAUGAAAUGACUGAUCUCCUCUCAUCAUCUAGAAACUAUGAGAAUUAUAGGCAGAUGUACAGCAAGUGCACGGGCUUCAAGAUCCCCAUCUUAGGGGUUCAUCUCAAGGACCUGAUUGCUGUGAACGAGGCCAUGACUGACUACGUGGAAAACGGCAAGAUCAACGUGCAGAAGCUUCAGGCACUCUAUAAUCACAUCAACGAGCUUGUCCAGCUACAGCAGAACCCACCUCUCCUGGAUGCAAACAAAGACCUAGUUCACUUACUGACUCUGUCUCUUGACCUGUAUUACACUGAGGAUGAAAUCUAUGAGCUGUCAUAUGCAAGAGAGCCAAGGAACUACAGAGCUCCUCCAGCAACCCCCUACAGGCCUCCAGUGGUGGUAGACUGGGCUUCAGGUGUAGCUCCCAAACCCGACCCCAAGACCAUCAGCAAGCAUGUCCAAAGAAUGGUUGAUUCUGUAUUUACAAACUAUGAUCAUGAUGGAAGAGGCUUCAUUUCCCAGGAAGACUUUGAGAAAAUCGCCGCAAGCUUUCCUUUUUCAUUUUGUGUUACGGACAAGGAUAAAGAUGGGCUCAUCAGCAGGGAGGAGAUCACAGCCUAUUUCAUGCGGGCCAGUGUUAUCUGUUCCAAACUUGGCCUGGGUUUCUCUCACAACUUCCAAGAGACCACAUACAUGAGGCCUACCUUCUGUGAUAAUUGCUCUGGAUUUUUGUGGGGCGUCAUUAAACAAGGAUACAGAUGCAGAGAUUGUGGAAUGAACUGCCAUAAAUCCUGCAAAGAUCAAGUGGCAUUUGAGUGUAAUAAGAAUGCUAAAACCAGCAGCAAUGCAGAAUGGAGCCCCCCGUCUAAUACUACAGACACCACAGCACCUGGAGUUCACGAUGAUGAAACACAGUUCAUAUACGCAUGUGAUGCUCCGACAGACAACGUUGAGCGGCACAAACAGUUAAGCCCAAGUUCUGCAUCAUAUAACAAUCCCUCUGUAGCAAAUGCACUGUCGAGGACCUUUACAGUGCACAGGAGUACCCAGACAGAGGCAAUUUCAACACCCAGCCUACUGCAGCCCACCCUACUGUCCCCCAGCCCCACAUCACUCACCCCCUGCCCCAGCCCUGUACCUCAGCGGAAACGAGCUGCCCAGAAGACCUCCACCACCCUGAACCCUGGAGAGGAGAACAAGUCAACCUAUGAAUCUUUGGAGAAGGAGAAUCAGUCUCUUCUGAAGACCAAUGAAGGCCUCCGGCGGAAGCUGAAAGAAGCUGAGCGCGAGAUGGAGAUCCUAAAGACGCUCCUGAAACGACACACUCUUCGCCCAGUGGAGGAGGAUUCCUCCUCCUCCUCUUCCUCUUAACCUGUUUGUUGUCCCCUUAAAACACAAGACAAGGACAAUUACUGCAAAGUUGGACUUAUGGAUUAGCAAACUAUAUUAAUCAAUAUAAAAUAGUCUUGAAUUAAGUCCAAAGCCAUUUUAUUUAGUUGACCGUAGGGGAGUUUGAAAUAACUUACAAAUUCAGUUUUAUAGCAGACGCCUCAAGUAUUGAAUAACACUGUUUAGAUAUGUGUGAUUCUAUGAAGAUCAAGUUACUGUCAUUAUUUAUUGUGAUGACCUCUGUUUAGGCU